AUGAUGGGGCACUAUUCCUCCCACUGAUACCAAUGAUGGGGCACUAUUCCUCCCACUGAUACCAAUGAUGGGGCACUAUUCCUCCCACCGUGACACCAACGAUGGGGCACUAUUCCUCCCCCCCACUGACACCAAUGAUGGGGCACUAUUCCCCCCCCCCCCCACUGACACCAAUGAUGGGGCACCAUUCCACCCCCCACCCCACUGACACCAAUGAUGGGGCACCAUUCCACCCCCCACCCCACUGACACCAAUGAUGGGGCACCAUUCCACCCCCCACCCCACUGACACCAAUGAUGGGGCACCAUUCCACCCCCCA